UCCGCCCCCCUCGCGCCUGCCGUCGGCACGCUCUGUACGUACGGCGGGAAACGCUUACGCCGUGCGUGGCGGCGGCGUGUGUGUGACGCAGUUGCCCAUGGUAACCCCGGAGCCGCGCAGAGGAUGGGUUUACUGUCAAUCUUGCGUAAACUGAAAAGUGCCCCAGACCAGGAGGUGAGAAUCCUCCUCUUGGGACUGGAUAAUGCAGGCAAGACAACACUCCUGAAACAGCUGGCAUCUGAGGACAUCAGCCACAUCACACCAACACAGGGCUUUAACAUCAAAAGUGUACAGUCUCAAGGCUUCAAGCUGAACGUAUGGGACAUAGGCGGACAGAGGAAGAUCAGGCCAUACUGGAGGAACUAUUUUGAAAACACUGAUGUCCUUAUCUAUGUCAUUGACAGCGCAGAUAGGAAGAGGUUUGAAGAAACGGGUCAGGAGCUGGCUGAGCUUUUGGAUGAAGAAAAGCUUAGUGGAGUCCCAGUGCUCAUAUUCGCUAACAAGCAGGAUUUGCUGACGGCUGCCCCUGCUUCAGAGAUUGCUGAGGGACUGAACCUACACACAAUCCGGGACAGAGUGUGGCAGAUCCAGUCUUGUUCGGCUCUUUCAGGAGAGGGAGUACAGGACGGCAUGAAUUGGGUGUGCAAAAAUGUCAAUGCUAAGAAGAAAUAAAGCGUUCAGAGCUGCAUGGAAAUGGAGGAGCGGUGGGAGCAGAAUUCUAGCCUGAAAACACUAAUUUGCUGCUUUCUGACCAAAUGUUUUUCCAUCUGUGCACAGCUACAGCUGUUAAAAGGAAAAAAAAAAGAGAGAAAAAAGGGAACAACACUGGUUAAAACCUACUGCUGGAUUUGGAACUUGACCUGCUCUUUAGUGUCAUUUUUUUACCCCAAUAAAGGAAUUCUAUAUUUCCUCCCUAUGCAUAAAUAGUAUUAAAUGUCUAUUUAGCAAGCAAGUUUGUUAGCAGAAGCAAGACUGUGAUUCAGUGUGGUGCAGAGGGAGCGGUGAGUUCCUGUAGUUGCUUAGAUGCAUAGGACCUGCCCUAUACGUGCAGGUCUGCGGUUGCUGAGGACAUGCUCAGGUGUCAGUCACAGCUUCCCCUCAGUGAUAGAUAAAAUGCGGUUGUGUUACCAAUUGUGGGUAGUUUCUUAAAAUAAAGCUGCUAAGGAGUCGUUUGUGUAAUGAGGGUAGAAGACUUCCGCACAUUCCUAUAGCCAUAAAAGAGGAGUUUGAUCAUAACGAGGCACUGUUGCAUUGCGACACCGCUGAAGAAGGGAGGGAAGGGUUAUAUGUGUAUAAUUGAAGCUCUCUACAGUUGAAAUAAUGCAGGAUGAGCGUGCCUAGGGCUUUUCUCGCAGCUGAAGGAGAAUUCAGCCUAGCAUUUCACCUUGAGCCAGCAAAAACGUGGUUCCUACGUUCAAUAAGUUCCAUGUGCGAGAUUAGUCUUGAUGUUGAACAAUCCCUCUUGAUUUUCCCUUGAUGUUAAGGCAACUCUGCAGCAAAAUGCAAUUAAGUCCAUGAUUACUUUAUAGAAUGAGAUACCAGGUCCCAGGUUUCCUUUUCGAAAUGUGCAAAAUAUGUUCUCCUACCCCUCCCCCCCCCCCCCCUUCCUUCCUUGGCAGGCUUGGCUGAGCCCUUCAAGGGACUCAAGGGGGCUGCCCCAUGGUGGGCUGGUUGCCCAGGGCCCGAGGUCCCCCCAGGAUUGUCCUGGUGGAGGGUGAGGAUGCUGAUGAACAGCAGAUGGGAAGCGCUCUUUAAAGCGAGGAUUCAUUCUUCUCCAAACUGGCUUUGCUCUAAAAGGAUGCGGUUGCUGAAAUAGAAAAGGGAAUGUGUUUUCCACCUCCUCAUCCCCAAUUCAAAUCUAGCCCCAGCUGACAGUGAGCAGGAGUCAUUAGCACGCCAAAGCAGCCAUGUCCCGCAUGAAGUGAGCUUGGUGACUCCUGGGCCAGUUUCUAAUGCACAGAUGGUAAAAUAAUCCCACUGCCCUGCUUGCCAGCUUUGUUUGCUGCCUGCCUGCGAAAGGCCAGAGCAUGACUAGGGACUGCAUUACCCCUUCCACCUCUUGGAGACAGACCGGCGGGCAGUGUGGGGAAAGCUGCAUGUACUAAAGCAUGUGGCUUCACCACGCGUCAGCGAGUUGACUCAUGGACCCAGGCAGACGGCUGACACCCCUGGAGCUCCCAGCUCUUUGCUCCUCCCUUCCCCUGGAUGUCUCCACCUCAUGGCAGAAACAUCUGCACUGUACGUGAAGCAGCCUCUGGCUGCCUAUAUCUUACAGCCCUGCAGAUUAAAGUCAUCUGGGGCCGAUCCUUGGUCCCCCCAUACAUCAGGGUGUAUAGUAGUGUUUGGGGAUUGAUCUAUGUGUAGUUCAGCUGUCUGUGCUGUGGCUGGGGGCCGAGGGACAGCUGGGACAGCAACUGCUUUAGCAAUCCAAGUUUAAUCUGCCUGCGUCCGUGAGUCAGCACCCUCUGAGUGCAUCUGUCUCCAGCACCGAGGCAGGACACGCAUGCCAGAAUAGCACAGCCUUGCUUUAAAAUCCAGACGACUGGGAGGAGGGGGAAGAGCAGGCUCAAGUGAGCUGUUAAGCAAUCGCUAAUGACAGAGUGACACAGCUCCGGCUCUGCAUGGGUUGAGUAAGGAGUGCUACGAUGAGAGAUUCUCAUUUAAACAUAGCUCCUUCAGUGACUCCCCAGCUGCAGUGGCUUAUCGGGAAGCCGAGGAAUCUGAGCAUUGCGUGUUCCUGGGUCAGCCCAAGGAGGAGAAUGCAUCCCAGCAGCGCCUUUCCCUAGCAAUUAAUGCAUUUGCUUGAUGCAAGCACUGUAAAGAAUUGCAGCCCUUGCUUGUAGGCAUGCUUUGUGCUGUCUGAGUGACAGAGCUUUGUGAGAGCUACUCCUGAGCUUUGGGUUUGCCUGUACUGCAUGUCAGCUACAGAGUGAAAUGCUUGGGUACCCAUCCCCUGGCCAGGCAGGACAGAACAAAGUCCCCUUGGGAGCUUGGGCUUUGAUCCUUCUCACUUGUAAAGGGGUUGAGUUACUGCUUCCCUGCUCCCUACUAUUUUACCAGAGGCAAACCUACCCUGUGACCCUCCACCUGUGCCACAGUUCGCUUCUAGAUCCAAAAAGCAUCCAGGAGGGUAAUUUGGUGUUUUUUACGCUCACAGAAGUUAAACUUGGAAAUGUGUGUAAAAUGAAUAUGUAGUUGUUUCCCUGUCACUUGAAUUUGGAAGCAAAAAUUGCCUUACUGAACACAGGAUCCAGAAGUGUUUGCUGGCUCAUUCAUUAUGUUUGCAUGUAGCUACACAUACUGGUUGUGUUUAUCUGUACCAGCCAGAGCUUCACCUGUAAUCCAGGAGAUUAAUUGGGUUUACCUGCACCAAGUAGUAAGUGAGGAAGACCUUGCUAGAGUGUGCUGUGCUGGGAGGAUGGAGGCGGGGGGUUAAAAUGACCAUGAUGCAAGUAAAUCACCCUGCAGUGAUGGCUGUAACUGCGUUUUGUAUUGUAAACAUCUCUCUGUGUAUCCACCUGGUGAAAAUGUGAAAGGAUUUGAGGUUGUGUUC